AAUAAAGCGGUGUAAGGACUACUAUGAAGUACUGGGCGUCAGUAAAGAAGUCAAUGAGGAGGAGCUAAAGAAAGCCUACAGGAAAUUGGCGCUCAAGUUCCACCCAGACAAAAAUCAUGCACCUGGAGCAACAGAGGCCUUUAAAAAGAUUGGUAAUGCAUAUGCAGUGCUGAGCAACCCAGACAAAAGGCGGCAGUAUGACCUGACAGGAGGGGAGGAGCCGAGCAGCCCGGGUCACUCACACGGAGGAGGCUUUGACUUCCACAGGGGCUUUGAGGCUGACAUUACUCCUGAGGACCUCUUCAACAUGUUCUUUGGAGGUGGCUUCCCCUCCUCAAGUGCACACACCUUCACCAACAGCAGAACAAGCUACAGCCAUCAGACGGAUUAUCGACAAGAGAGAACAGAAGAAAGGGGAGAUGGUGGUUUCUCAAUGUUUAUCCAGCUGAUGCCCAUCGUGGUCCUGAUUUUAGUGUCAAUUUUGAGCCAGAUGAUGGUGUCCCCUCCACCCUACAGCCUGUACACUAGACCGUCCACAGGUCAGACUGUAAAACGGCAGACAGAAAACCUGCAUGUCGACUACUACGUCUCCAGAGAUUUCAAGUCAGAGUUUAAGGGCUCAGCGCUGCAGCAGAUUGAGAAAAAUGUGGAGGAGGACUACGUAUCUAAUGUCCGAAAUAACUGUUGGAAGGAGAGACAGACAAAAACAGACCUGCUGUAUGCUGCUAAGGUAUACAGGGAUGACCGAAUGCGCAAGAAGGCAGAACUCAUGACCAUGGAUAACUGCAGGGAGCUGGACAGACUAAAUAACCUAUUCAGAGGCGGAUGAGCUGGAUGCUUCUUAGAUCAUGUAAAUGUCUGAAUAGAUGUGUAUGUUCAUGUUUUUUUUAAAAAAGAAAGUCUUUACACUAGGAGCAAAAAACUUGCUGAAAUAAAUUAGCUCUAUUGUUGAAGUUUUAAAA